AUGCCUGCAACUGUCCCUAUGGGUAAUUCAACAGCUGCAAAGGCACUGCGCCUGUCUAAUAAUGAGUGGAGCAACAAGUAUUUCGCCAUUAGCAUCGGCGUGAUCAUGGUCCUUUUUACUUUCCACCACUGGUCAAGUGUCAUUUACUUUCACUAUGGCCCCAGGAAGAGCAAUACAACGUUAAAUCGGUGUUAUAGGAAAACCCGACGGUUUCUUUCCGGCGCACAGAUGGGACAGAGGACAGACCGGUGUCUUCUAUAUGGUAUCUACUGGGCUAUCAAUUUGAGUCUAUGCUUAACCAAUGUGAAUCUUAACAAAAUCACUUAUGUUGCCAAACGACUCGGCUGGAUUUCCGUCGCCAACCUGGUGCUUUUGGUCUUCUUGGCGCUGAAAAACACACCCCUCGCGCCCUUGACGGCCAAAUCCUACGAGAAACUGCGCCCACUCCACAAAGUCGCUGGAUACACCUGCAUCUUUACCAGCUGCUUGCACGGCAUAGUGUACCUAGCUGCGUGGUCAGAAUUGGGGGAUCUGGUCUCGAUGCAAGAGACCCGGAAUCUCGCUGGAGCCAUUGCAGGCAUCGCCAUGGUUAUCAUCGGGCUUUCCACCAUCUCCUACAUCAUGCGUGGUUCUUAUGAGAUUUUCUAUAUGCUGCACGUCACCAUGUUCCUCUUGAUCAUGAUUACAGUCGGUAUGCACCGUCCGAAAUUGUCAACAUCGACUUUAAUCAUCGUGAUUUUCACUGCCUGUCUCUGGUUCGUGGACCGUAUCAUCCGCGGCGCAAAGGUAGUCUGGUACUUCUUUGGAAAUUAUGCUACAGUCACAGCCUUGCCCAACAACGCUCUCCGAGUACGACUCAGCCGCUGCAUGAAUUCCAGGCCCGGUUCCCAUGCAUUCCUGUGGGUACCUGCCAUUCGCUGGGUUGAAAGCCACCCCUUCACCAUGCUGUCUUCAAGUCCCACCGAAUUUCUCAUUCGAGUAUAUGAUGGAUUCACUCGGGAUCUCUACCAGGCUGCCCAGAAGGCGCCGGGGAGGUCUCUGCGCUGUUCUGUGGAUGGUCCAUAUGGUCAAGUCCAUAACUUUGAAGUCUACGAUAAGGCCAUCCUUAUUGCUGGUGGCAGCGGUGCGAGCUUCACAUUUGCUGUUUCAAUGGACCUGAUCGCGUCAUCUUCCAGAGCGGUUCACUCGAUUGAUUUCAUUUGGGUAGUGAGACACCAGGAUAGCCUUGAAUGGUUUGAGCAAGAGCUCAAGGAAUUACAGGAUCAUCCGGACGUGAACGUCAUCAUUCAUGUCACGAGUCAAGUUGACCCAUCCGCCAUAUUGUCAUCCACACCCUCAGACUUGGUGUCGGAAAAGGCUUCUGUCAAGGGUGAUAUAACCCCACCGCAACCGUCACCGACCAGCAUGGAUUUUGACCCUGAAAAGGGCCCAUUUCAUCAGCCCAUAGCCAAAGCCCUCACUUCCCCCAAUGAGAUCCGGCAAGGACGUCCGGAUAUCGACAAACUCAUAGCGACUGCUGUCAACACGAGCGGAAAUACAAAUGACCGGAUCAUUGUGGGUGCUUGUGGCCCUCGGGAACUCACAGCUGCGACACGCAAGGCUGUCACCGAUAUACUGCGUAAUGAUGGGCCGGCGAUUACAAUCUACACCGAGGAAUUUGAAUGGUGA